UUACUUAUUGGCAACAUUGCCAUCCAGUGAAUCAUCAUUUUAUAUGAAAAUUGAAAAUCAUGUUUAUAAAUUCUAGUACAUUCUACAUUCUCGAAACAUUAUUUCAUCAUCUUUCAUCAGAAUCUAAUAUAUAAAAGACUCCCAUUCCACUUCAAUUAGUUGUGUCCAGUUUUAACCAACGUUGGAAGGUUCUCAAAGUUGUUUUUGUUGUUUCAUCAUGGAAUUACCACAUCUAGGACAACACUGCUCCAGAUCGGAUUGUAACAAGCUAGACUUUCUGCCUAUAAAGUGCGACGCCUGCAGUUCGUUAUUCUGUGAAGAACAUUAUAGUUACAAUAACCACAACUGUGCAAAUUCCUACAAAAAGAACAACCAGGUUCCAGUUUGUCCUUUGUGUAGCAAACCCAUUCCUGUUAAGAAGGGUGAGCUCCCAGACUUCGUUGUCGGAGCCCACAUAGAUAGUGACUGCCAGUCAGACCCCGCCAAAUCCAGACGGAAAGUAUUUACCAAUAGAUGCACCUUCAAGAAGUGCAAAAACAGGGAACUGCUUCCGGUAGUGUGUGACCAGUGCCACAUGAACUUCUGCAUCAAACACAGACAUACAGUGGACCACAACUGUGCUGGUAAACCCACGGGACGGUGGAUUUUCGAUGCAUUACCUAGAGGUUCAACUUCUGAAAAAGUUCAAGGAAACCUGAGUGAAGACGAAGCUCUAGCGAGAGCUCUUGCACUCUCUCUCCAGGAUUCUGGUGUGAAUAGCAAGAAACGGCAAGAGGAAUUGGAUUUGGCCUUGGCAAGACAGUUGCAAGCAGCAGAAUCUGGCGCAACCACAGCACCUAGCAGAGAUUCCAGAAAUGUUUGUAAUUUGUCAUGAGGGCUGUAUUGUGUUUGGAUAUAAUACUGGUAGAACUAGGUAUAAUUUUAUCGAUAUCAUAAAAGACAUGAUUUGAAUUAUUUAAACCAAUUUUAAGUACUACAAAAUCAAAUUAUAGGUUAGGUAGAAAAAUAGUUAUACUCACAUUUCAAUAAUACCACAAAAUAAAUAUGGAAUAAUUUGUAAUCAUUCAGGAAUGUAUUCAGUUAUUUAUUUUAUUGAAAUGGUGGUUUAUGGUCCAUGCAAAAUCUGUGACAUUUAUUAGCCGUCGCUUAAAUUUAUCGUUCAAGUUGAAAAAAAACUGCAAAAUUUUUGAAAAACUACCACUGAAAGGAAAUUAUUUCUAGGAGAGAUUUUCUGAUUUUUUUUGUUUCUGUUGUCGAUAUGGAAUUUUUCUUUUCUGUACAUAUUGGAGGAGAUAUAUAAAAUAAGAAAAUAUUUUUUUCCGAAAAAGUACAUCUGUAUCAGUGACCAUACUCAAAUAUUAACAGAAAGACAAAAAUUUUUUUUCAAAAACUCUCCUGAAAAAUGAUCCCCUACUAAAUUAAAUAUUACCGAUUUUCGAUAAUAUGCAAAAGAAAAAUUGCACAUUUAUGUGAAUUAUCAAAAUUCCUUUUUCACUAUCUAUAUAGAACUACUGAGUUUUCCCCGUUAUUUGUCAUUGAAGUAAUGUUCAUUGUUAAAUUGUUCGAACUUUAUUCUAACCAUUUAGCAAUUUGGUUCUUGUUGUGAAUGAAAUAUGAAAGACUUCAUUUCUGAAAAUAAUCUCAAAUUGAUGUCAGUAUAUAAGUAUAAUUUAUUUUUUUACUGAAAAAACCGGAACCUGAUCUGAUGGUAUACAAAAAUGACUUUCUCAAGUAUCUUGAACAAAUAGAUCACAUUCCGUUUUCUCAAUCUGAAUAUUACUAAAUACUAUGCCUUGCUUUACCACCAUUAUUAUUAUUAUUUUUAGACACUUGUGCCUAAUGGAGAAUAUCAAGUUGUUUUUAUGUAUUUUAUAUAUUUUUAUUGUUAUUUUGCUAAUAAAAGUUAUUAUUAUUA